AUGGGGAGGAGGGAAGACGUGGUCAGGGAGGAGCUGGGCGGCCUCCAUGGCAUCGCCCUCUAAAAGUGCUUCGUCAAGGCCUGGCCACAGGUGGAGGCUUUCCAAGUCCGGCCAGCUGACCUGCUCAUCGCCACCAACCCCAAAUCGGGCACGACGUGGCUGAGCAAGAUCCUGGAUGAGAUAUACCACGACGGCGAUGUGGAGAAGUGCCAAUGGGAUGCCAUCGUCAACCGGGUGCCCUUCCUGGAAAGGAAGGCCCCCAAGAUGUCGAGCGGCAUCGAGAUGCUGGAGAAAACCCUGUCCCCGCAGCUGGUGAAGACCCAUCUCCUGGUCCAGCUCCUCCUGACAUCCUUCUGGGACAAGAACUGCAAGGUCAUCUACAUGGCCCGCACCCAAGAUGUCAUCUUUUCCCACUACUACUUCUACCAGAUGGCCAAGAUGCACCCUGACCCCAGCACACUGGGUGAAUUCCUGGAGACCUUCAUGGUUGGCAAAGUGGCCUAUGGGUCCUUGUAUAAGCAUGUGCAGUGCUGGUGGGAGAAGAAGCAGGAGGAGCAACUCCUCUACCUCUUCUAUGAGGACAUGAAGAAGGACCCACGGCAGGGGGUGCAGAAGAUCCUGCAUUUCCUGGGCAAGGAGGUGGUGGAGGGGACGAUGGCAAGGAUGCUCCACCACACCUCCUUGCAGGAGAUGAGGAAGAACCCUGCUGCUGACUAUGAGACCAUGCCCACUACCCUGAUGGACCACAGCCUCUCCCCCUUCCUCUAGAAAGGGAUCACUGGGGACUGGAAGAACCACUUCACCGUGGCCCAAAACAAGCAUUUUGACCAGCACUACCAGGAGCACAUGGCAGGCUCCAACCUUGACUUCCAGAUGGAGGCGUGA